ACAAGUUACAUCAAAACAAAAAAAAAUUCACAAUAUUAUUGUAACAAAGAAAAAAAAAUACUCUAUAUAUUUUAUGCACAUUUUGAGAACAAUUAAGUAGAGAAGUUUAAAGCUAAGGCAGCCAUGACCUCUCCUUCAAAGCUUGUUCUCCCUUUAUUAUUUGCUCUAAUUAUUUUAUUAUUGAUCCCUUUGAAUACAAACUUUUCAAAUUUCUUCACCAUUGAAACCUUGUCAAAUUUCUUUGCUUCCUUUCAUGAAAAAUCAAACCACCAAUCCAAUAAUAAGCAAGAAAGCAAUAUAGUGCAAAGCUUCAAACUUUCUCUAAAGAGAUCCAAUUGGAGAUAUCCCUUCAUUGGCUUCAAAAACAUUGAAGAUCCGGCUUCCAUUAAUCCGUUGUUGCUCCCAGAACCCCCCUCGACUUUCCAUAACCGUUCAAUUUCCCUCAAUGCAAGCAAGUGUUUUCUAGCUAGUUUACCUCAUGAUGCUAUAACACACACCAAUUGUUGUCCACCUAUACCAUCACCCUUUAAAUUCAAAGAUUUCAAAGACUUUGCAUCUUCAAAUAGUCCUCUUAAAGUUAGAAAACCAUUUCACUUAGUUGGUGAAGAGGUUAUAGCCAAAUUUGAAAAAGGCAUUGCUCUAAUGAAAGCACUACCUAAAGAUGACCCACGUAGUUUUUAUCAACAAUCCAAAAUCCAUUGUGCUUAUUGUAAUGGUGCUUAUCAUCAACAAUAUCCUUUUGAGAAUCUAAAAGUUGACAUUCAUAGAUCAUGGCUUUUUUUUCCUUUCCACCGUAUGUACCUUUAUUUUUUUGAGAGAAUCUUAGGAAAUUUAAUUGGUGAUCCAAAUUAUGCAUUACCUUUUUGGAAUUGGGACUCAAUAGAAGGGAUGCAAAUGCCAAAAUAUUUCACACCCCUAAAUUCUUCACUUUAUCAUAAACUUAGACACUACAACCACAUGCCACCACAUGUUGUUGAUCUUAACUAUAAUCUAAAUGACAGUUUUGUCCCUCCUUUAAAACAAAUUUCUUUGAACCAUGCCACUAUGUACAAACAAAUGGUUUUAGCUUCUACAAAAGAAUUAUUCAUGGGAAGUCCUCUUAGACUUGGAGAUGAGUCUCAUCCAGGUAUUGGUUCCGUUGAAAGUGCUCCUCAUAACACCGUUCAUAAAUGGGUUGGUGCUUCUGAUACACCAAACAAUGAAGACAUGGGAACAUUCUAUACAGCUGCUAGAGAUCCAAUUUUUUAUCCUCAUCAUACAAACCUAGAUAGAUUGUGGGCUGUGUGGAAAAAUUUGGAACAAGGAAGAAAAGAUUAUAGUGAUGAUCUAGAUUGGUUAGAUUUUAAUUUUUUCUUUUAUGAUGAAAAUGCCAAUCUUGUUCGUGUGAAGAUAAGAGAUUCUAUUGAUACAAAAAAAUUAGGAUAUGUUUAUCAAGAUGUUAAUAUGCCAUGGUUAAAUUUUAAACCUACAUCAAAAAUUAAGAGUAAGAAACUAAGGGAAGCUAAUAAAGCUAAAAUUUUGAUGUCAAAGGAAAAGACAUUUUUUCCUUUAGCUUUGGAUUCAAUAAAAAGUGUCAUUGUGAAGAGGCCUAAGAAGUUAAGGAGUAAGGUAGAGAAAGAACAAGAAGAAGAGGUUUUAGUGAUAGAAGGUAUUGAAUUUGGAAGUGAUAAAUCUAUAAAAUUUGAUGUUCAUGUUAAUGAUGAUGAAGAUGAGUUGAGUGAUCCUGAUCAAACAGAAUUUGUGGGUAGUUUUGUUAGUUUGCACCAUGGGCAUAAUGGUAAAAUUAGUACAAAGUUUAAGUUAGGUAUAUCAAAAGUGUUGGAGAAUUUGGAAGUUGAUGAAGAUGAUGAUUUGGUGGUCACUUUGGUCCCUAAGAUAGGUAAAGGAGAGGUUAUUAUAGGGAACAUCAUGAUUGAGUUUUUGCAAAAAUAAGAAUUGUGGGAUUUAUUAAAUUUUGAAGUGUGUAUGUAAAUUAUAAUUUUGUAAGCUCAACAAGAUAUUUUGCUACAUGUAUUGAAUUGAUUGAUUAAUUAUGUAUGUUUAGAAAUGA